GCGGCGGAGCCGGGAAGUGGGAAAGGGAGCAAAGGAGGCGGAGACUGUCGAGGCUCCAGCCCGGCGGGGCUCCGAGGCUAGGGGCUGCAUGGAGCUGCCAGCGCGGCUCUGCGGGCUGUGGGCACUGCUGCUCUGCGCCUGUGGCGGUGCCGCCGCGCCCACCGAAGCUCAGCCACCCGUGACCAAUUUGAGUGUUUCUGUUGAAAACCUUUGUACAAUAAUAUGGACAUGGAAUCCUCCUGAGGGAGUCAGCCCAAAUUGCAGUCUAUGGUAUUUUAGUCAUUUUGGCAACAAACGGGAUAAGAAAAUUGCUCCAGAAACUCAUCGUUCAAAAGAAGUACCCUUGAAUGAGAGGAUUUGUCUGCAGGUGGGGUCCCAGUGUAGUAGCAAUGAAAGUGAGAAGCCUAGCAUUUUGGUGGAAAAGUGCAUCUCACCUCCUGAAGGUGAUCCUGAGUCUGCGGUGACUGAGUUACAAUGUGUUUGGCACAACCUAAGCUACAUGAAAUGUUCAUGGCUCCCUGGAAAGAACACAAGUCCUGACACUAACUACACUCUCUACUACUGGCACAGCAGCCUGGGAAAAAUUCUUCAAUGUGAAAACGUCUACAGAGAAGGUCAACACAUUGGUUGUUCCUUUGAUCUUACUAAGGUGAAGGAUUCCAAUAUUGAACAACACAGUGUCCAAAUAAUGGUCAAGGAUGAUGCAGGAAAAAUUAGACCAUCCUUCAAUAUAGUGCCUUUAACUUCUCAUGUGAAACCUGAUCCUCCACAUGUUAAAUAUCUUUCCUUCCAAAAGGGUGGCUUGUACGUGGAAUGGGAGAAUCCACACAAUUUUAUUAGCAGAUGCUUAUCUUAUCAAAUGGAAGUCAAUAACAGCCAAACUGAGACACAUGUUAUUUUCAAUGUUGAAGAUAUCAAAACCAAAUGUCAGAGUUCAGAAUUUGAGGGAAACGUGGAGGAUAAAAUUUGCUUCAUUGCCCCUGGUGUACUUCCUGAUACUCUGAAUACAGUCAGAAUAAGAGUCAAAACAAAUAAGCUAUGCUAUGAAGAUGACAAACUCUGGAGUAAUUGGAGUCAAGCAAUGAGUAUAGGUAAUAAGGCCAAUUCCACAUUCUACAUUACCAUAUUGCUUAUCAUUCCAGUUAUAGUUGCAGGUGCGAUCAUAGUCCUUCUACUUUACCUAAAAAGGCUCAAGAUCAUUAUAUUUCCUCCCAUCCCUGAUCCUGGCAAGAUUUUUAAAGAAAUGUUUGGAGACCAGAAUGAUGAUACUCUGCACUGGAAGAAGUAUGACAUCUAUGAAAAGCAAACCAAAGAAGAAACUGACUCUGUAGUGCUGAUAGAAAACCUGGAGAGAGCUUCUCAGUGAUGGGGAUAAUUUAUUUUUACCUUCAACGUGACCUUGUGAAGAUUCAUCCCAUUCUCCAUUUGUUAUCUGGAAACUUAGUAAAUGGAAACUGAAACUACUGGACCAUUUAAAAAUAGGGAGCUCAUAAGAGCCACAGAUCUUCAUGUUGAGUCAUGCACUGAGAAACUAAAAAUAAUGGGCCCUUUGGAGAAAAGAAUGGAGUCAUUCUCACUGAAUUAUAAAAGCAGACAUUCUAUGUGAAGGCUUCAAACUAGGGGAUAAAGCAAAAAGUGAUAAUGGUAGUAGAGUUAAUAUUAUUGAGAGUUGUGUCAGCUUCCUGAGAGAUCUAUGCCUGCUUUGUAUUCUCUCUGUCAAACAGCACCAACAAGUUUUAUUUGUUUGGAGGAACUCAUUUUGGGUGGCAAAUACUAAUGCCCAACUUGAAUCACAGAGAACAACUAGCAAACGAAAUUGAUCAAAUCUGUUCUGCUUUUUGGGGAUCCAUUGAGUAAUGUCUGUGGCUAUUAUAACAGUUCAGAAUCAUAGUUCUCUUCAGCAGUACUUUCCCUGCUUUUCAAGCCCCAAAAAGCAAUGUUGGCCCUAAUGAUGACAGCUACAGAAAAAUCAGAGGCAGCCUCAUUACCAAAAUCUUUCAAAAGCCAUUGCAGACUUCUAAAAGCAGUAGAGGCAAGGAGUCAGAAUGAUUCUUUGGGUAUUAAGGUUUGAACCAUGUAGUUUCUAAUGACAUAUUGUUUUUCUUCACCUCAGCUACUCAAAUCAUGUAUUUACUAUGUGCCCAGCUUGUGCUCAGCUCCCAGGUGUGAGACAUGGACCCCCUCACAGGGUUUAAACUCCAUUUGGGGCUCCUUGAUGCUUACCACCUUCUUCCACCAGUCAUUUUCCAGACCUUUCAAUUUCUCAACUCCCCCACCUGAUUUCCCCUUUUGCAUUCUCCCUCAUUCCCCUUAUUUUAGCCUACUCUUCACCUUUCAUUGAAAAUCUGAACACCUAGAGGUGCGAGGGUAACUUGCACCUCAGGUAAAGUGAGAGUAGACUGAGAAACAGUGACUAACUCUUGCAUAUUCUGUAACUUCUGUGUAAGUUAACAAUUGUUAGAGGGUUUUCCACAUUUAAUGUUUCUCCACAUGUUUUCUAAACAGAAAUGAGGUAUCAUCUUUACUUAGAACUUUGCUGUUUGCUUGAGGAAAAAAGAAUAGUUGUGUCUUUUUCUCUUUCUUUACAAGAUAGGCCCUAGGAUUCCUCUUUCCCUUAUUGCCACAACUGGUUAUUGAGUAGGUUUUCUGUCCUGUAUUGAUCAUCAGCCGUCAAAGGCACCAACUUUUGUGCUCAUUUUUUGCAAAUGCUAGAGUUCCAUUCUCACCCAUCCCCACAACAUAUCCAUAUACUCCUUCUAAUUUUUCCAAAUUUAGAGAAGUAUGGGAAAUGAGAGGUCUCCCUUUCCCAGUGUUUCUCUCCUCACACAGACUCAAAUUGCUUGUAAAGAACUUGAGCACUUUAUAUCACAAGUUUUGGGAACAUUUACCCAUUCUUUUUAAUAAGAUGAUGUCACUUGCUAUUCCUGCUCUUUGGGAAGGGGAGAUCAAAGAUCCCUGCUCCCCAGAGGUUUGAGCAAACGUGGCAAUAUGCUUCCAUCAUGGUGGAAGAGCACUGUGCCCUGGUUUUCCUGAGGAAAUAAAGAGUUCACGCAAUGGCAGAUGUAAAAUUACUUCCUGUGCUUUUAUUUUUGAGGUCAUGUUGAGGCCAGGGGACCGGCGCAAUGGAUGCUCCACUUUGUUCUUUUGUUCUCUGGAAGGAAUAUUUGGUUUUCCUCUGUAGGAACUAGGUUACUUCCUAGCCAGGUAUUUCAUGAUUCCGGGAGGCAAAAUACCUUAAUGUGUCAUCCAAGGUCAUGUUUACUGUUUUUCUAUUUAGAUGGCAAUUGGGGGAUGGGGAUGCUAUGGAAUUCUGAUUGCCCAAGGAACUACUGGUGCCACCAGUCAUGCAGCCUGGGAGUGAGGAAAUUAAAUUGUAUUUUGGUUCCCUCCUCCUCUUUUAGCAAUUACAAUAGCUGAGGGAAAAGGGGUACAGUGAAUUGUGGAGUACCUAUGGCUGUUUUAUAAUUGCUGAAAAGUGGUCCCCAGGUCUUAAGAGGUCUUGGAGACUUCAACACAUCAGGGGGAUUUCCAUCACCUGUAGGAAACUUGUAGUUACAUUUAUUAUUUUAUAUCUAACCCAUAUGGAUUUUUUUCUCCACAUACUAAGUAAACCCACUCUAAGAAUGGUCAUUUUUAUUCUUUCAUUUAGAUAAGUUUUUUUCUACUUCUGGGCAUUGAAGGGAUACAUGAAACAAUGUUAAGAACAUUUUUGAUAAUGUCUUCAACUAAGGAUCAUUUUGUUCAACUUCUUAUAUGAAAGCUUGAAUAAAAUAAACAUGACUUGUCUUUUUGUAUAUCACCCAAAUGUUUUCCUUUGGUCUUAUUCUGGGGAAUGUGUUGUGAGGAGUGGGUGACAGAGAAAAUUGGAGUUAAAAGAAUAAACAUUGUGAAAAAA